CUGGUAAAUGGUUUCAACUAUCACAGCGGCCGGGUGGAAGUUCUACCAUAACGGUCAAUGGGGUACAAUUUGCGAUCACAACUUUGACCACCUGGAUGUAAUGGUGAUCUGCAGAAUGCUUGGUCUGUACCAGGGAUCUAGUUACGGACAGGCCUACAGCAGCGCGUAUUUUGGUCAAGGCUCCAGUCAGAUCUGGUUGGACAAUCUCGAAUGUAAUGGGUAUGAAUCAAGCCUCAGCCAGUGCAGUCAUCAGUCAUGGGGCUCUCACGAUUGUGGACAUUCGGAGGAUGCAGGGCUCGACUGUUACGGUACAAACGCAUACAUGUCUGAGACGACGAUGGUGUACCAAACCACUGGCUUUCCGUGGUGGCAGACGACAUACAACCCUUGGUGGCAGACUACGGCAGGUUACACCGUGCAAGACGCCAUUCGGGUUGGAUGCAGUGAGAGGGGCUGGAAUAUCCAAGUGGACAUGGGCAUGCUGCGCCGCGUGUACCCGAGCGCACGUGCAUCCGACAUCUACCUAGGGGAGAACACGUGCCUGGGCGUGGAUACAUGGUAUUACGUGAUGUUUCAGCAGGGUCUCAGAGAAUGCCUCACGAGUGAAACGGUGAGGCACGACGUUCUCGUCUACUCGAACCAACUCGUGUACGCGGAGAGAGACCCCGUUCACUCGUUUAUCAUUCGCCAUUACAACUGGACGGUCGGUGUAGAGUGUGACGUACAGAGAAACGAGAGCUCUUCCGGUCACAUAGAGCACGAAAACAACAACCAUCAAGGUGGCCCGCUGGUAUCUGGCGCGAGCCACUAUACGGUGAACAUGACGUUCUACCUGGACCCGAACUUCCAGCAGCCGGUCCCCAGCAAUCCUCUGCGCGUGCCAGUGGGCACGGACGUGUUUGUGAAGGUGUUUACCCAGGCCACUGACUGGACGGUGAAGAUGCGCGUGCACACGUGCUACACAAAGCCCUCGCCUACGUCACCGGACCAUCUGCGAUACAACCUCAUCCAGAACGGUUGUGAAGUUGACACCAACACUCACAUGAUCUCGCAGUCUACGCACGAGACGAGAUUUUUGUUCAAAGACUUCGAAUACACGAGCGACCAUCAGGGAAUCCACGUGAUGUGCGACGCCACGUUUUGUAGCACGUCUGAUUACAGUCGCCAAUGCACACAGACGUGCAAUCCCACUAUCAGAAGAAACGUAAACGUGAAACCUGUCGAUGACGUCACGCAAUCUUCUUUUGACGUCACCGCUGAAGGUGUCAGGGGCUCUGAUUCGAAAACAGAUGAGCAUGAGGCCGCUGAUGUCGAAUAGACAAAGUCGUAUGAAAACCACGCCUGAGUUUUCCGAACUAAGACAUUUUCUUUCGCCAAAAUUUAACAAGCUUUAUAAAUACGAGUACCGGUUAAAAUGAAAUACGACCUAUUGAAGAUAUGACCAUUUCAAAGAUCGCUAAUAAAUCGGCAUAUUUCAAGAGGUUCUACGAGUCUGUAUACACAUGUUUAUGUUAAUAAUAUUGCUGAUAGUUUUUUAAUGCAUACAUUCAUUGUUUUGUGAUUAGUCUUUUAUUUCAUAAGAUUAUACAAAAAUUACAAAUUAUUUUUAUUAUUAUUCUAUGUAUUAUUAUAAAAUAUUUGUGUGAUAAACGAUGUUGUGAAUUCUUACUGAACAAUUUUUAAUACCUGCAAUCAGUCAUGUUGGCAGAAAUCUUAUGUUCCCAGCACAGUAACCAGUAGCCCGUGCACAUUGAGCUGAUAAGAUAGGGAUCAUUACAGCAAGUUGCCAAUACACUGUAUGGACUACCA